AGCAUCCAUCUUGCUCAAAUACAUUAUAUAUUCACCUGUCUCGCUUUCAAUACAUCCAGCAUGGGUAACGUGAAACCUGCGCCAGCCGCAUCAGGGAAGAAGGAAAAGAUCUUUCAUCCUCAGUCACGGAAAGCCGCUCAAAUAACGAGGACCCAACUUCGAAAAAAUAAGCUCGUGGAGGCAUCUAACAAGAGAUCCCGCAAGUACCACGCAGAAACGGACUUCUAUGGGUUUUGGUAUCAUGCUAUGCCUCCGGUUGGGGAGACUUUGACUCUGCAAACCAUACACACCCUGAUAGCUGAUGUAUGGCUGGUUCGCCAUGAUGCCGAGCUCGAUUCUGAAAGGGCUGCCCGGCGCAAGGGUCGACCCAAGAGUACACGGGAACAGCAACUGGAGGAUAUAAAGUUGCGUGAAGCAGAGGAGUACCGGACAGGCAUGGAAAUACCAGACCUCACUCAUAAGACGAAUGUCGGGCUGUUCCGCAGAUGGGAUCAAAAAGAAAUCGCUUUCACGCAGCUGCUCCGACACAUCCGGGUGUCGAGCACGAAACCCGAUGUUGCGUCUGUCUCUCGGCCAGGAAAGCACCCGUCCCUGAUCGAGGAGAAUCAGCCAGGGGCGGACCAGCCGAUGGACGUCGCUACCGAAGACUUGAUAUUGACGGAACCUCCCACACGGUUCGCGAGUACUAUGAUGACGAUGGAUGAGCCCAUGUAACGUUGCGUGUUCAACUGCAUAGACACCUAGUAAAUGACAAUAUAUGGAAUAGUAC